GCUCUCGUUGGCAGGAGGCUGGCGUGACGAUUUGCUGGCAGUGCAUGUGAGUGUUGGGACAGUCUGCUCGCACAGCUGAUACAGGAGGUCCCUGACAGUCGGAGGCUCGCCACAUCCACCUUACACGGGCCUUCCCAGUAGCACCCAGCAUCCAGGAUACCUCGAAAGGAAACACACAGAAGGAGGAAAAAAAGUCUUUGAGCCAUCGGGAAGAAACACACAGAAGAGCUGGAGCCGGCUGCUGAGGCUGGUAUGAGUGGUCCGUGGUCCAUUGUUAACUAGAGACCAUGUGGUGUUUGGAGCUCCUCCUGCCAUUGCUGCUCAUCAUCAAAGAUGUUGAUUCCCAGUGGAAUGUGUGGGUACCACGAGACAUCUCCGCCAUGACCAACUCCUGCGUGGUCAUUCCAUGUACGUUCAUGUAUCCGUCUGGCAUCAGGCCGUACCGUGGCGUUCACGGCAUCUGGUACUUUGGCCAACCCUAUCCUCAGCUCUUCCCUCCUGUGGUGUUUAAAUCACGCACUGACAUCGUGCACGAGAGUUACAAGGACCGCACCAAGCUGCUGGGUGACCUGCAUCAGAGGAACUGCACUCUGCUGAUAAACAACAUCGGCACCGAGCACUCAGGGAGAUACUACUUUCGUGCCGACCUUGGCGGUGCAAAUAUUUACACAUACCCAGACUACUCGGAGCUCAAAGUACUGGAUCAACCCAACAUCGAUGUUCCGGAGGAGAUUGUCAGCGAUGAGAGCCUGGAGCUAACAUGCUAUGCCCCAAACAACUGCCCAGACAUGACACCGGAGAUCCAGUGGAUGUACACCGACUACCUGCCUGACCCGGAGUUCACCUCCGACUACCUGGAGGAGAGCAACACGGCAGUGCUGUCCAGCACCCUCACCUUCACACCCAGACCCAUGCACAAUGGACAGCUGCUGGGCUGCAGGGUCUACUACCCCAACACCACCCUGGUUUAUGAGAGGCUCGUCUCUCUUGAUGUCAAGUAUGCGCCACGCUCAGUGUGGGUGAACGUCUCCUCUGAGGUGAUGGAGGGCAGCUCGGUGACUCUGCACUGUGAGGUGGACAGUAAUCCACCUCCCCGGAUCUCCUGGGUGUUUAGAGACCAGGAGCUGCUGUGGGACACGGCCAGCAAUGCCUCGCUGUCCCUGGACGACGUGACGCCUGCUCAGGAAGGGGUGUACAUAUGUGUCGGGGACAACGGCUACGGAGUCAUGAACACCUCCAUGUACCUGGCGGUCAAGUAUCCCCCCCGUGAACCGACUGUCAACAGCUCACUGACGGUGUUGGAAGGAACGUCGCUGUCGUUGCACUGCAGCACGCAGGGCAGCCCGGCGCCCACCCUCACCUGGCUGAAGGACGGCGAGCUGGUGGGAACCAUCACGGCGGAGGAGCUGUCAGUGCUGGAGAUAGUGGAGAUCACGUCGCAGGGGGACGGACAGUACCGAUGUCUAGCCGAGAAUGAGCACGGCCGAGCCAGCAGCUCGCUCAACAUCACUGUUGAAUACGCCCCGGUGCUCCUGGAGGAGUCGAAGUGCACGGUGGUGAGAGAGGGGGUCCAGUGUGUCUGCAUGGCCACGGGCAACCCCGAACCCACCAUAGAGUUUUAUCUGCCCGAUCUCAACAUCACCAUCAAUGAAACAGACAGCCGGUACAACUUCUACACGCACACCGAUGGACACACCUCCACAGGCAUGAUCAAGAUGCGGGAGAAAGGUGAACGAGUGGGAAGCGGCGGCCCGGCGGUCAACGUCCACUGCAGCAUCACCAAUGCGUAUGGGACAGAGAGCGUUCACCUGGAGCUUCAGCAGGAGAAAAAGUACAUGAUGGCGGUAAUAGUCGGUACCAUUGGCGGAGUGGCAGUCAUAGCUUUCAUCAUUGCAGCCGUGAGAUAUGUUGGCCACAACAACAAGAAAGAGAAUGGAAACCCUGGGCAGGACCUGGUCUCUAAACUGGAGAAUCCAGCUUUGUACUACAGCGCAGUCAAGAAGGACAAACAAAAUCUGAGGAAGAAAGUGCUUAAGACAGAGCUGUUGGGCUCAAAGUUUAACUCCAUUCUAGAGGAGACCACGGGAGAAGACGGGGAUUUUCAGCCUGUGGGCACUCUGGCAGACUUGGAGAGGCAAGAGUUGAACUACGCUGCCCUGGAGUUCACCAGGGCCGGGGCCAGGUCUCGGGAGGGGGCAUCGGGGAGGGGGGAUGACGGCUGCGACUACAUGGAAAUCAAAGCCAAAUGAAUCGCGAUCCUUCCCUGACCCCUCGGCUUGACGAGACACAGUGGCAAACCAUGCUCACGUUCACAUCCUCCCUCCAACCCAUUAAACCGGGUCUCCCUCCACUGCUCCGGCAGACAGCGUCCUCGUACAAGUCCUUGUCUCUCAUUUGUCCCCCUAUGAUUUACUGUAACCCUCGGCUGAAUUACAAAGCUUGUUACCCUGCCUCCCGUUACCCAUCUCCAAACCAGCCCGACCUCCCCACCUCCUCCUUGGGAGGCUCAGUCACAUGUCACCAUCUGGUUUAAACCGGAACAUUCUGGGUUGGAGCUAGGCCCAGUGGACAAUGUAAAAAGUUCUCUGAAGUCCGAUAUCAGUCAACCAGGUCUUGAUGCACACAGCCUCUCAAGUCUCCGAAGUGCACAUUCUUAGAUGACAUCAUUUAUGUCUCCCUCUUCUUCAUCGUUGUUCAAGUUGCCGCUGAGCGGUGGACACCCACAGCUCUGCUCUCCAUUGCUACUGCUCCUGAGUGUCUCUUGUAACUGUCACUGUGUCUGCUGCCAGUCAAUGCGUCAGGGAAAGGAACGACGGUCCUUUUUUUUUAGUUUUGUAUUUAGACGUCUUCAUGGGCUGGGGGGGGGGGCACACUCCUCCCCUCUCACUCUAGUGAUGAAUUACGCACCAAGGCAUCCCCAGAAAAUACAUGUUUAAAGGUGAGAACCAGAUUUGUGUUCCACUGAAGGCUUUCAUCUCAGUGUCACAUUUCCACAUGCGUGUAUUUGUGUAUGUGCUGUAACUCUUUGGGAAUUUCACUGUUGUUUUUGUUUCUGUGUGUAAGAAAUGAGGAGGCUUGGUCACUUAAAGCGAUUUAAAAAGAAAUUCAUUGUUUUGACAAAAAAAAAAGGGAAGUUCAGGUCUGAAAACUGACAUUUUGUGUUUCAGGUGGUUGGUUGUGGGUAAGUAUACUGCACUUCGGGCAAUACAAAGUCCUCUUUUAUUUUCCAUUAAGCUUCGACUACACCUUGUUCAUUAUUUCUUCUAAAGUAUACCUGUUAGCUGACAGGGAAUACGCAAUUAAAAACAGGAUAUACAUACGCAUCGGCCAAAGUGUAUCUCAUCCAGACAAUGUGUGUGUGUGUGUGUGUGUGUGUGUGUGUGUGUGCAUAUACUAUGUGUACACUCAAACAGUGCUGAAAGAUCAGAGGACACUGGUCUCUUGGGUCUUAAGGGUUUGCCUGAGAGUGCUUCUCACAGUAUUUGUGUGUGUUUGUGAAGCGUGAGUUGUGGCGUUAUCUCUUACGGGGCUGCAUCACAUGUUUCAGUGACACUGACCGGUUUGUCGUUGUGAAAUUCAAAGGCACUUGAUCAACCUCGGGUGUAAUAUUGAAGCUCACUAAUGGUCUAACAUGAUAAAGAUUGCAUUAAUGGUGUAUUAAUAACAUGUUCGUGGAUAAGUAGAGGGAUGCUAGUGUGUAAAUACACGCAUGACUAUUUUGUUAGUAGUCAAACAUGUAACUAAUCUAUGGUUAAAAAGUUCAAGUUGUACAACAAUGCUCCAAGCCAAUGUGGCAGGUCAGAUAUAUGUGUUUUUGUCAAACAUCAUGCAGCCGCUCUGUCUUAAAGUUGCUCAGCUGUGUUUUCAUGUAGCUCUCAGUCGUGUUGUAACCAGCCCCAAUAGACGACAUGAGAAACAAGCGGUAGAACCAAUUCGUUUGCAUCAUGCAAAGUCAGACCAGGACGCUCACUAGUAAAUAUUGGCCGUCGAUCAUGACUGUAAACGACAUCUCCGGUAUUAAUUCAUUGUCGAGACACUGCUGCGGCAUGCAUCCAUGCAUUCUGCCUGCACCAGUGACGGGAGUUUCACAGCGUUCUGCUGACUGCUUCACAAGGCCAGCAUGGACAAACAGCUCCCAUCUCUGGAUGCCUCGUGACACCUUCCUGUUGUUUUUGUUUGUCCUCUUGAACAGGAGCGCACAGUGUGGAAACAUCACUUAUGUCUCACCUAAUCUUUGACCACUUGGUGUGUUGUAAAGGAAAUGUGUAUGUUCUAUACUUUGUCCUGAUCAUAAUGAUGAUUAUGAAGAAGAGUUUUUGUUAUACAAUUGACACAAUAAUUUUGAUCAGCAUUUUGCAAUCUCUGCAAAUUAGAACUGUUAUUACUCAAUGACAAUAGGAUUUCUACAGUGAUGUAGUAUGCUUGCUCUUUUCUUUCAAUUAAGUGUUUCCUGCCUCGAGCAAAUUCAAGCAUUUGUCUUCAGCUCCAUGCAAAGAUAAAUAAAGUG